UGGCUGGCUAAUGAUGAAACCAAGGAGUUUCCUGUUUUGUCCGGGUCACUCAGAAUUUGACGUAACACCAGCAAACACAUCAUAUGAACUUGUUGAUGACUGCGUUAAGGCUUAAGGGAAGUACCGAGAGGUUUGUAUCCUGAUAAGCCAGUCAUAAGGAACAAAGCCUGUAUGUCUUUUAGUGUGAGAUUUAACACGCUGGUCUUGUGUAUAACAUUAGGCCAAGACAGACACCCCUAGAGACAGUUGAUGUUUAAACCAGGUACCCAUAUCGUGUACUGCUUAUAUAUUAUUUAUUAAGUACUACUGCAGAAAGUACAAGGUUGUUGUUAUUAUACUGUGUUACACUUGUCUAUGGAGAAUUACCAUUGUUGAUUGUUUAUGUGAUUGGUAUCAUUCUGAAAUGACUGUUCUCAGUAAUUCUGGACCAAUGUCGGAAGAGUCACAAAAUAAAGAUAAGUUGCUGAACUCGGUGCCAACGUCAACAAAUAAUAAGCGUAAACGUGAAAAUAGUUUUGGUGAGUCCGAUGCUCAACAGGUUCCACCAAAACGAUCCAAUCACAAAGCGGGAGAAAAUGUCUCAAGUACAAGCAUGUCAAUUGAUAUCACACUACAUGACAACAACAAAACGAACGUGAAUGUUACAAUCAGUCAGCAGCAAGAUUCUGUUCCAAGCAUCGGUGAAAAUCCUGGCAUGACGUACAGUCCGGUCACAAAAAAUGAGAACACAUGUUUUGUUUCAGACUUUAUUGACGGAAGGAUUGAAUUCACGGAUAUUGAGAAUGAAAUUCGCGACCCUACUCAGUAUAAAGAAAUUGAAAAGAAACUCAAAGAACUUGAAGAAGAGUUGCAAAAAGAGUUAAUCGAAAGUUACGGAAUCAAAUCCAUAGACUGUAAAACAAACGAGAAUCAUGAAAACCUCAUUAAUAGUACUAACUCCCCCGGUAUGUCAAUUGGACAGGUCGACGGACAAAUAUCCAACGCUAUAUCGCGGGGGAGCCCUGCAGCCCCGCCUCAAAAUAACAAUGGUGCUGGCGGUACAUACGAUAUGAAAGGGCCGCCAAAUACCGUUGCCACUGAUGUUAAAACUCCAACGAGCGAGGCCCUCCCCAAUAUCGCAGAAUUACGACCAAAUCAACCAGCUAAUCAGGAUAUUCUUCGGCAGCCAAUCAAAGCAGAGAAUCAACAAUUCAUGAACACUAUUUCUUGCAACACUCAAAAAAAUCCGUCACUCUAUAAAAAUCCAACCCUGAAGAGAGAACCUAUGUCAGUCGGACACAAUCAACAAAACUUUCAGAACCCACUUCCUUCAAUGUCCCAUGCUAAAAUGGGUUUCACAAGUAACAUGAUUAAGUCUGAGCCUCUUCAAAAUCAGCAGGUCCAAAGUAUGAAUGGUAUGUUCACACAACAGCAACCAAAUGUCCCUAUACCGGGGCAAGCAGCUCCGAAACAGGUCUUCAAUGGUCCUGGUGGUAGGGUAUUUGAAGAUCCAAAAAAAAUUGCCCAGUAUUCCGAAUACCAAACAGAUCGAAGGAUGCCAGUGAACAUUGACCGUACGCCAAAUGUGACAGUGCCUGUUGGAGGAGCUGCACCUAAUAUGCUAGCAAGCCAACAGCAGACUCAGAAAAAACCAAACUUAGCAGCAUUUAAACAGACAAAUAUGCCAAUUACACAGCACAUGUUGCGACAACCACACCAACAACCGCAGCAGCAGUAUAUUAACAAACUGCAACAGUUACCGAAUGGUACUUCACUAAUGAUGCCGCGACAACAAUCAAAAGCACAACAGAUGAGAUUACUAAUGUAUAAACAGAUACAACUUCAGCAACAGCAACAGCAACAGCAACAACCACAGCAGCAACAAAAUCCACAGUUGAUGCAAACACAAAACAUGCAAGAUCAGAUGAAACAAGUACUGAACGGAAGACCGCCACCACGUUACGAGGAAGCACGACCUAUGAAUAAUGUUGUGUACCAAAAUAAUCAACCAAUGGCAAUUCAGCAAGCACAAAUGGUUCGUCAGAAUACCAUUCCAAAUUCAUUGAACCCACCUGAUUACCGACAGUCAAAUGCUAUACCGGGAAUGACCGGAAUGCCAAAUCAAGCAAUGCCGGUACAACAUGUCCAGGCUGGACAAACAAUGCAAACAAUGACAAACCAACAAAACACCAUGUAUAAUUUCCAAGAUCAAAAUGCACGGGGAUUUCAGCAACAGCAGCAUGGACAGAGUGUUGCCAUGAUGAGGCUUGCCGCUGGUCAGAAUGCGCAACUCAGGCCUGGAAUGAGCAGACAGAACCUGCUACAAAAUGCCAAUAUGCUCAGGGGACAGAUGCUACAGCAGCAACAGAGAGUUUGGCCAGCAGUAAGGAAUCAAUCCAUGAACCCGACAAUGGCACAAAACAUGCUUCAGGCCACGGCGCAGGCUAGCACUGCUGUGCCAAACCCUCGAUAUCGAAAUGCAUAUAACAUUCAAGGUGUUGAGUCUAACAUGCAAUACCAGCCUGGGAAUCAGAAUUUUGCCCAGGUUGCAGCUCCAGCAAUGAACUCAAACAACGUGGCUAACGUUAACAUGCAGCAAAGAUAUUUUUCAGGAAUGAUGAAUCGCCAGCAGCAAUUAAACACGAAUGUUCAGACUACUAUCUCGAUGGGCGCACAUCAAGCACCCGCCCUGGAGCAACAACUCCAAGUAUCUACUAGUGUCACAGCUUAUGCACAUCCUAACGCCGCUGCGAACACCGCGGAUAUGCAUCAGAGUGUAAUGAACAAUGUGCCUCUCGGCAAUCAAAAUCCAAGCCUACAUAGCGCAAAACAGUACUUGGAUGCUGACCUCAAUGACUUGGAAGCUAUAUUGAGUAACCCAAUGUAAACGAUCACUUACGCGAUGUAACGUGUGUGACCCCAUGUAAACAAUCAUUUACGCGAUGUAAUGUGUGUGACCCCAUGUGAAUGGGUGACAUUAAUACAAAUCAGGAUUUAUCAAUGAAAACAUGGAAUGUGCAUUUAUAGAAGGGGACCAAUAUAGUUACCAUAAUUUUGUUAUCAAAGUGGAAGUUAAUUCAUGUCCACAGUAUAAAAUUUUAUGUGAUAAAAAUUGAUAGUGUGGACAGACCUUUAGAUUGGGAAAUAGUUGCUGUGCAGCUAUGAUACUUUCAUGCAAUUGAAGAGGCCAAACAGAAGGCAAAACUCAACAUUAGUAACUGCAAUACUGUUGCUUUCAUGGGGUUUUUAUCCACAUAAUUCAGCUUGUUAGCAUUUGGGUGUUUUUUUUUGGUGGGGGGAAUGGGGGAAUCUUGCCAAAUUGUUUAAAGAAUGUUGAUAACUAAGUUAAAUUCAGGAGGUGACAUCCAAAUGGAUACAUUUCUAUCUGUAUAUUAUAUUUGUGAAUAUGUAAAUUUAUAUAAUGUGUAGAAAGAGAGGAAUUGUAGUUUUGUGAUGCUACUUGCUUUCACAAAUUCAAAAGUUUAUUUUUUGUUGUACAGUUCAUUUAAAACUUUUCACUGUUUCAAAAUUGAAUGCUUAGAGUUAAAAUGUAGUAAGUGUUUAUUUUCAUUAAGCAAAUGCUUUUAUCUCCCUGUGGUCUUCCCCCAUCUGGUGCAAGUCCCACUGUAUCUUGUAGCUCAAAAGCAUUAACCUAUGGCUUAAUAUUUGGUGGCACUUUUAUUAAUUUCAUAAAAUACUAAUUUUACAACAAAUGUGACACAAUAAUCCACUAAUUGUAAAAUGGCAGUCCCACAUAUUAGUGUGAUCAAAUCCAGAAUCAUCCUUAAUAAGUGAAUUAUCUAACAUUCUGAGCUGUGUAUUUUGUCAUUGGCUUCUGGUGCUGCACAAAUUCUAACUUUUGUGUCAUGUAUGUCAGAUUUGUUUGAGGUUAAAUAUUUUAAAUUCUUCAGCGUUUACUGGUUAUGACUAAACAAAUGUAAUCCCUGGAUAAUGCCAAGUUGAGCCUUUGUUAAUGUAUUGUGCAUGUAAACAUCACACUGAUAAUUGUAUGUAUGUAUUCAUUACUUUUGUAACAUGCCUAUUGUUUUAUCUGAAAAUUUCUUUUCUCUCAUAUGGAACAAAGGCCCUUAAAAAGUUCCAAAAACAUUCCAUAUAUUUUUUUAGAUAUUUGCUGUCCUUGCAAAGUAUCAGUUGUUAUAAAGUAAUUUUUAAAGUAUAUUUAUUAUUUUUUUCUCAUCCAACAGCGAGUUAGGCCAGGCACACAAUGUCGCGCGAUGGUCGUAAGAUCUUUAGCUGGCGUCCCAGAGCUUGGCGGCAGCAGAUUGUGCCAUGUGCCGUCACACUGUAUUGUCUACGGAAUGACCACGAGAGUUAGUACAAUGUGUGCCCGACCUUAGAGAAUGGAAGUUAUUUUCUCUAAACAAAGUCACAACAUGAGGCUUUAAUAGUAUGGUUGUUUUUAACAAGAUUUGAACCCAGCUGCCUAGUUUUGGAAAGCGAGCACCUUAACCACCAAAGGUUAAAUCCACUCUAACAAUAAUUGAUUGAUUGAUAAUAUUGUUGACACAUAUUUCUAGCCGGUGACUUGUUUUCAAUUGAUUACCAAUAAUGGUUCUUACUUGAUGUUGGAAGGUAUAGCAAUCUAGUGUUGACCUAGAUAUGAUGCCAUGAUUUUUUGCUGUAUCAGAAUAUUAACCUGAGAGUUAAAUUAAAGCAUUCAUGGCUUUAACUAAUACAUGUUUGCCUUCUGUAUACAUAUGUCCAUGUCGAAACAAUUAUUUGUCACGGCAACGUACUGCAUUGCCAGUUAUAUGAGUUAAGAUUUACAUAUUGCAAGUGGUUAAAUGGCAUGUUUUUGUUUCAUUCUGGUGUGACUGUAUCAUUGUUAAUCUAACAAGUUGUUGAUGUUGGUGCCCAUUAUGUGCCAGUUUUGUUUUUAUGGUUGAUGUACAGUAUAAAGUUAUGUAAAGAAGCUGGUUUGCUUCUUUUUUUUAACAUGUUUAUGUUAAAACUGUAUUAAGUUCCACAACUGAUGACAGGCCAAAGAUUAUAAUAUGAAUGGUAUUUUAAUUGGGGAAGAAAAAUUUGAUGAAAAAUAACCCCUGCAGAUAACAUUGAUAUUAAAUGAUCAUCUUAAUAAUAGACAUGAUAUGCGAUUCUUGGCAAAAAAAAACAAACAAUAAGACAUAAUUAUAAAAGACAUUUCAAUGUUUCAAUUUAGUUAUUUGUCUAGGUAACUUGAAUAAACAUAGUGUAAACAUAUUUCAAAUAACUGGAAUAAACAUAGUGUGAAUGUAUAGGCUGACAUAAUAGGCAUGGUCCUUGUCUCAUGAUCAGGAUAGACAUGGCUUGUUGUCUUGGAAACACAGAAAGCCCAUGUAUCAUGGCAAAAGAAUAGAUAUGAUCUGUUACUUUGUAUAUCAGAGGUCGCAAGUUUGACAGAGCAACUUUCUGGAGAUCUGGUUUAAACUGUCUUGCUUGAAUAAUUGUAUCAUGGAGAACAUUAAUUAAAUACAGUACGUCUAAACAUCAUGAAUUUACAGAUGAUGGGUUAAUUUCCAGGAGAUUUUUACUUGCUUGCUGGAAUGUGCGAGACUACUGAUUUCCGGAGCCUCCUAUGAAAACUUGGAACCCCUGAUAUAUGGACAUGCCAUGUAAGAAGACAGAUAAUUCAGCACUGUUGUGUUAUGUAAAUCAUAUUUGUAUAUAUUUAAUAUUAUUGUACAAAGAAGUGAAUAGAUAUUUGUAGUUUUAUAUGAAUGUAGUUUAUGAUAAUGAAAAGAAAGGUGAAAACCUCCGCCUAAUGAAUUUUGCUAAUGUCUUAAUCAUGAAACUUUUUUUUUUUCUUAUGCAUAUCUACCUGUAUAUUGUGCAUUUAAAAGACCUUAUGCUGGGUUUUUAAGCAACUUACCUGUCAAUUAUUUGUAUGCAACAUUUUAUUUAAUUCAUUGAUUGUGUCAUGAUUUUUAAAUUCUUUGAAAUCUAUUACUUCAUUUUAAAAGCAAAAAUGUGAAAUAAGUAAGUAUGUACUGCCUGGGUUAAACCAAAAUCGUGAAAAUUAUUUCAAUCAAAUUGCUUACUUGUAUUUAAGCAAGUUUUUAACUUUUAACUGGAAAUUAGAACAAGAAAAAUGUUCCCUGCCAAAUAUCCUUUGCAUAGGCCUUUAAGUUAGCUGGUAAUAAAUUUAAGGAUUUUUGUAGUAAAAAUCUGUGAACAACAGAAAUGUACCCAGUUGUUUUGAUCAGCUUCUUUUCCAAAGUUCAAACAACCGAAUGAGCACUUUAAAGUGUUGUCAUUAAUUUUUUAUUGUUUUACAAAUGUUAAAUUACACUGUGUUAACCUGAUUAGUGAGCUAUACAUUCUAUGUGUGUAGAUAAUGUGCCACAGGUUGGCAGCUCAAAGUAUGUUAGGUAAACUAAUGAAUUAUGCAUGAUAUUUAAAUGCUGCUGAUGAUGUCACAGGCUGAGACUAUCCAUUGGUGUAACCAAGGGGCCAGCUCAACAGGGACUGUAAGACCAUAUGUAAAUCUAUGAAUAAUACAGCCGGGCACACACUACGAUCUCUGACAGAUUGUUAGUAACCAUCUGAAUGGAUUGUUGUCAUCGCGUUGACCAUGGAAUCGUGUUGGCCAAUGCGGUCCCCAUCCGGCUUUAUCGUUUACUGUUUUGGGUGCAAGUGUGUGUGUUGGGGUGUGUGUGAUCCUGCGUGAGAGAGUGUAAACGUAUGCGUGCUGCACUUGCAAGUUUCGGUAUGAAUGACUGAGUAUACAAUAAUUUUUUAGACCACAUUAAAGAAAAUUGAAAAGAUAAAAUGUACUCCUUGUGACAUCAUCUGAAAAUGGAAGAGUUAGGAAAAUUCUCCAGUAAUUGUUGUAUUUUCAUAAAUGUAUCUGGUUAAUUUCUUCAGUAUUUCAAUCAUUGUUUUCCUUGCUUUUGUUGCUGAAAAAAAAUAUAUGGUGGUUGCUGCAGUCCUAAAUACAAUGUGCACAAUGCUGAGCAUGCCAACAAGGUCAUUACCUGCCACUGGUUCACACCUCUGGGGUGGUUGACCAGGCUAUUUCUGCCAUUGAUGUGCUCAUUAUUGGGUAUCUUAAGGAGUUUGACUUAAGCAACUCCUUGUCUGUAGGCAGUAGUUAAUUAGAAUAAUACCGGUAAUUGUUAUUACUACGAGUGCGCCAGAUACUUGAAUACAUGAAGAUUUUUCUGGUGUUGUCAAUCUUCUAUGAUUAUUGAUUCAUAUCAUUAGUGUCAUCUUUUUGAGGGUGACAUUUACUGAUGAAAGGUAGUCAUAAUGUCACUUUUACUAGCUCCUAAUCUGGAAAUUUAACUGUUUUUCUAUUUUAAUCAUGUGACUAAAAGGCAUUCAAUAGAACAUCAUAUGCAAGUGGUCUGACCUCAUACCAGGUGACCACAUCAAUACAGGUGACUUCAUAUCUUUCAUGUGGUUAUGUCUUUAUGCAGGUGUGCAAUACUCUUAUAAUAUAUUAUUUGAUAAUCAUAAUCUAUAAUUUUAUGAUCUGGUAGGCAAUAAAGAGAUCAUGUCAACUGCUGUAGAAGAUGCCUGCUGUUGUAUCAUACAGGUGUCCACUUGUCAUAAUUUUGAUGAUCAUGUUUCAUUCAUCUGUUGUCGUAAUACAGGUGUUUGUCUCACAGACGUGUCCACGUUUCAUAAUACUAUACAGGUGACCAUCAAAGGUCAGCAUAUUCCAUGUGCAUAUAGACUGCAUAUAGACAUAUUCACUGUAAAGUUUGGUGGUUUACCUUUUGUACAUUGUUCAACAAUAUUAGUGAUUAACAGUCUGUGAUUAGGAAGCUUUCGAUUGCAGGGCGCGGUAGAACCUACAGUGUAAUGACGUCACAUAAUCCAUCUGCGCAUGCAAAAUCAUGGAUUCUCGGACGUAAUUUGACCAAACUACGUUGUGCAGAGGCCGUAGGAGGGUCACGCAUGAGGGAAUACUUAGCGUCACGCGUCGUCGAGCAAAUCGAAAGUUCCCUGUUACUGGUGACUUCAUAUUUUGGUUGAUGUAAAUGGUUUAAGUACAUCCAAAGAUAUUAUGGCUAAGCUGUUUUUUGGUAACUUUAUAAGAGCUGGUUUGAACCUGGCUAUUUUUAUCUGCUUUGUAUAAAAUUUGUACUGUGAUGAUUAUCAUAUUUUCACUUUUGGUAUGACAAAAUUUAAUCAGUAAACAUAGAUUACUGUAUAGUUGUGAAUUGAUUAGAACAUGUUCGGAGAACACAUUUGAAAGAUGUUAUUAUGCCAUUGUUAAGAUUUUUACCCCCAACAAAAGACAGGAAGGAUAAUGGAAGUGUAUUUUCGUAAGUUUCAUAAAAUUCAUAAAAUGUAUCAAAGACCCUCCUAGAAAAGGUUUUGGCAGAAAAUCAUGGUGGUACUGCAGGCCUAACUGUAGUGAAAUUCCAGUUUCUAUCGCUCUAUUUGUAUACACUAUCUUUUUUAGAGGAUGUCUUAAGAGCUUUGUUUAUUGCUUGCUUGCUAAGAAAAUAUAAUAUAUUAAAAAGGAAUUUGGUAGACAGAU